AUGGAGCAUCCUCAAGUUGUUCUACCAGUUGUAAACCCGAACAACCCCAACCCUAUUUCGCAGAGAGAUCAAGUUCAGGCUGCAGGGCAACAACCCAGAGCACCACCUCUAGCUCAAGGAGCUGCUCAGACUGAGCUGCUCAGACUGACUUAG